AUCUACCCAACUCUGUAUAGACGUCAUCUGUUUAGGUCAAGGCAUGUGGAGACUGCAGCUCAUGUUUUUAUUUUUACAAUCAUUACUUAACUAUUGUGAAUAAAAGUUAAAUACAUUGGUGACAGGCUGACAUUGCGUCCAGAGUGGAUUACAUUCUGUCAAGCAUGCAUUUUAAAUCUAUAAACCUUUGUUGAAUUUGCUUCCAAGCUUUUAUUUAUUUUUUUCUUUUCUUUUUUUAACUAAAGGUUGCUCUCCUUUUUUUCAGUGUACUUGUGGAUGUUGGGGGCAGAGCUUCAGUCAGAUCUUGGCCUCCCUCGCAGAGCAGGGGGACACAUUCAGCGGAAGGAGUCAGUCGGUCAGAACAGAGGCGAGCGGCUCGCGUUUCGUGGAAAUGUUGUCCGGUCCAAACGAUGGAUGCCACCGACUCCCCUGACCCGUACAGCCGCCCGGCGCGCAGGACGCAGUGGAUCGUGAGCACCCUGGCUUACCAUUACGGACUGGACCGGGGAGUGGAGAACGAAAUCAUCGUCCUGGCCACCGGACUGGAUCAGUAUCUGCAGGAGAUAUUCCACCACCUGGACCAUCGAGGACUCGGUAAAAUCCCCGAGGAGGACUUCAACGUCCUGUGUGAGGUUCUGGGGCUGAGCGAGGACUCGGAAUCGGAAGAGUCCGCCGGAGUGUUGGACAACCUACCCAGCGCGCUCACCUUCAGGCACUUCCACGCCAAGCUGUGCGGCUACUUCACCACGAAGGCGGGAUGCCAGUACGAGAACGACCGGCUGCUGGUCGGGACCGACAGCGAACACAUAGAAACUCAGAUCCGUCUGCGGAGCCCCCUAAAGCGGCGGGAGACGCUGCUUUCGGUCGGGGCGAGCGGUGGCGGCUCCUCUCCCUCACCCUCCCCGGCGCAGCGGCGCGCCUUCGGCUGCAGGCUCGGCUCCCCGGGCUCCUGCACCAGGGAGUGCUACGAGGAGAUCGUGGCUCUGGAGGAGGCGGAGGACAGGAUAGGGAAGCUGGAGGAUGAGAAUGCGAGUCUCAGGGAGCUGGUUGAGGACAUGAGAGCCGCGCUGCAGAGCAGCGAUGCUCGUUGUUUGGCUCUGCAGGUCGGCCUCUGGAAAAGCCACUCCAAGCAUAAACCAAGAGAAGGACGCUUUGUUUCCCCGCGGACGCUGGCUUCCCACAACAACGUGGCCAACAGCUCCAACAGCAACCUCAAGAGCCUGCAGAACCUCAUCCACGAGAUAGAGUACCUGCACUGCUCCAGAGAGUGGCAGGUGGAGGAGACGGUGUCGCUCAAUCAGAGACUGGAGCAGGAACUGUGGAGCUGUAAGGAGGCCGUCGCUGCGUUGGAAGACAGCAACAGGCUUCUGAAGAAGGAGCAGGCGAGCAUGAGGAGGAAGGUGGAGGAGGCCCGGCAGGCGCUGCUGAGCGGACUGGAGAAGGUGAAGGACCUGGAAGCGAAGGCCAGUCGUGUUCCGGCGCUGCAGAGGCACGUUGUCCAGAUGGAGUCUGAGCUGCUUUACUACAGGUCUGAGAUGUCCAGACUUCAGCCAGCGAGCAGCACCGGGGCAGAGCAGCGGCCGUGCUGCCAGGACCUCCAACAUGACCGCCGCUCACCAACAGGCCGCGCUGUGACCACCCCUGACAAGAUGCCGGUCGAGGAGCAGCUGUUCCGCUCGGUGGAGGGCCAGGCUGCCUCGGAUGAAGAAGAGGACAAACGGGCCGGAGACCAACAGAGGCAGGUGGAGGAGGUGAAGAGGAUCCUAACCAGGCUGUCCUGCUGUGGCGGAAGAUGUGGUGACGAGGCACUGGAGAAGCUGAUGUUUCGCUUUGGAAGCUCAAGGAGUGAAGAGUGUCACAGUGCUGUGAUGGAGCUGCUGGAGAGAGUCACCAGGCUGCACAAAGAGCUGAAGCUGAAGGAAAGCCGAACAGAGAUGAACAUGGACCAGAUGAAGGACUGUCUGGUGCAGGAACUGCAGCAGAGGGCCGAGGACACGGAGCUGCUUACCGUGGAGCUGCAGUCGCUGGAAAGAGAGAAGGUCCGUCUGUCGCUGGUGGAGGAGAAGCUGGUGGACAUCCUGCAGCUUCUGCAGCAGCUCAGAGACUUGAACGUCUCCCGAAGGACCCUGGGGAAAAUGUUGCUCAGUACUUUGGAGUCUGGCAGCAACCCACAACACGGCAAAGCGCACAUCCUGGAGGUGCUCAGCGCUCUUUACCACGAACUGGCUGCGUGCGAGAUCCUUUCAUCUCAUGGACGUCUGCAGACAGCGCAGAGUCAGCAGUCACUCCACAACCUCAUCAUCUCCUGCUGAACAAGACCGCCACCCUCUGGGCCCACCACCCAAGGAGACCUUAACGUAGUUGGUCUCCAGUAUAUAUAUAACCUUGUUAAUGACCCUUUAGCUUUAAAAGCUAAAUUUGUCCGAUUUAUUGGAUAAAUUGUUGAUUAAAUGUUGAUGUUUCUACACACUUAUUCAUUGUUUGCUCAUUUUUUUUCUUAUGGAAAAGAUUUUAAAGUUGACUUAAGUUCAUAGAGGUCCUUAAAGAUGUCCUCUCUCUUCUAGUCCAUGCCCAGCAAAUUUUUGAAAUUUUGUUUGAUCAACAAAACAUGGGGGUUCAUUUAUAUUUACAGAACCUUGUGAGCGUUUCAUUUCAAAGUAUUCCUAAAUGGAAGUUUUUCCUUCUUUUUUUGUUGGCUUCAUUUCAGCUACUGCUGAUGAAAAACGCUCCCCUCAGAUGCUGUUACCUCUGCUGAUUCAUAACCAAACUACCCACAACAGCUCACGGCUCGUCGCGCUUUUAUUUUGAAAUCCGACACACAAAAUGAAGCAGUAAUGUGUCCAAUGUAACGCGAGCCGUCGUCGUCAGCCAUGUAGUCAGACCCUGCUGUUUUGCUUCUUCACUUUUGUUAUGCUUCUCAACUUCUCUCCCAAUGUUGUUUUCCCCAUUUUUGUUUCCUUGCAUUGGAUUUUUUUUCCUUUGGCUUGGUUUGGGGUUUUAUUCAGCGUAGCCUCAUGUCUCGCUCCUAUUAGAGGCCUUAGAGUUUUAGGUUCUUUAUUUGGAGUCUUGAUGUAUGUGUCUGAGGUUGGACUUACUUUGAUUUAAUACAGUUUUGUUAUCAGUAAAUCUUUAAUUUUGUAAAUUG